UGUGUUUGAGCCCCUGUUUGUUUGCGUAUAAUUAAAGACAUCCAGUUUAGACUGAUCUUAUAGUGCACAGCAAAUUUGAGACCAUUUAAAUGUGCUUUUUGAGGGAGGAAAAUGAAGUUUGGCGAUCUGUUAGAUCCAAAAAUCUGCAGGUGGUCAGGGGAGUCAGGCCAUGUACAGAAAAAUUAGCAUUUUUUUCAAAAGAGGUUCAAAUGGCCUUUGUGCUAAACUGGAUUACAACCAUCAACGAUCAAGAUUCCCCAAUUUCAAAUAACCGCUUAGCCGCAGUUUCUGAACUGAAAUGACCUACAUCUGCGGUAAGGAGUCAGAAUGGGACAUUUGGGAGUCUGUUUUAAUUGAGGGAGAGGGAAAUCUUGGUGACAGGAACCUCGGUGAGUGUUGCAGGCCAAGUUUCUGUGUUUGCAUCUGGCUUUCUAGAAGAGAAGGGCUACAGCUUGCCCGAACCUCUUUUGUUCCUUUAAAAAGAAGUUGCACAAGUCGCUGCUAGCUGAUCCUUCAAGCCCCUUCAGCCUUCCUCCUGUUAGGGAGCCAUCUUGGGAGGGAGGGAUAGAGUUAAUGCUUCCUUUUUUUAAAUGAAAUGAAGUUUUUUGUAAGGUGUACGAGUGAGGUGUGCAUUCCAAUCUGGUUGUAAGACUUUCAGCUGCGUAAGCUUUGCUUUCUGAGCUUCUGGGUUCUUUCUCUGUACCAGGGAGAUGAAACACCCUAUUUAGAUAGCUUCAACUAUAGAAGGCCCACUGUGUGCUGGAAAUGUGAUAGGUAAUUAAUUUUAUUCAAAAUAACAAUUAAAAAAAUUGUGUCAAGACAGCUGAACUGCCAAAUUGGGAUAAUUCUGCAGUUUUAUCUGCAGCCCACAACCAGGCUGGAGACCUCACGUACAUUACCUUUGAUUUCCGUUUUUGCUCAGUUUAAACUUCAGCUCCUGGUUGCAAUGGCUUGCCAGAGUUUCCUUUUUCUGUUUGAUUUGAGCCGUGCUCUAAAUCCAAGAAGUUGUGAUUAUCGUGGUUUUAGAGGAGUUGGUUAUGGGAUGGAAUUUUCUGUCAGUUAUUCUAUCAGAUGGAGGAGCCGGGCUGCUGUAGGCUUUAGAAUAAGGGGUCCCAGGAGGCAAUUUGGAAAUUAAACAGUUUGCAUUUGGUGCUCCAGGCUUUACUGCCUUGGAAAAAAUGAUGGAAAGAGUUUAAGAUAUCCUUUUCCAUCAUCCUUUACCUGUGUGCCUUUGAUUGUUUAAAAAAGCAUCUAAACCAUCUUUAGAAGCCUCUAAAUCCAGAUGAGAACUGCAUCUCAAAUCAUUGCCAUCCAUUUUUCCCCUAAAAUUUCGAGUCCAUGUCAGGUAUUGUUCUAAGGGGUUCUGGGGAAGGAGAGAGCAAAAACUGCCUGCAUGAAGUUAACAACUUCCUUUUAAAAGAUGAGCUCCAGUUGAGGCAAAGUGGGAUCUAUCUCUAGCAUAAACAGCAGAGCUUGCACACGUUAGCACAAAAAACUUUGAUUUUUUUACUUCCUCCUUUUCAGCAAACUUGAAUUUUGAUCCAAGACAGUUCGGAACAAUUUUUUUUUUGUACCUUUAUUAAAUGGAAACUUAAUUACAGCUCUAAUUUGCCACCUACAAAUUGAGUUAAAGGCAUUUCUCAGAUUGCUGAAUGCAGAUGUAAAAUUAAACUGGUUUAAUUUUAAACACUUUUUGAACUGGUUCGGUUCUUAAGGAUGUCUCAGUUUCCUUUUGUUUUUUGGUAAGCAGUUAUCCUGCUGGUGGGGGUGUGGGGUAAGAGAUAUUAAGUACUUUAGAUAAUCUACUCAUUGUAGUUCUUUUAAUAUAGGAAUGGGAGGGAAAAAAAGAUAAGCUUCAGGCAUAAUGCUUGUCUCAAGAUAUACGGUUGGUUUCUUAAGCAUUUUCAUAGGCUUCAGAAUUUGAUUGGCCUCUGGCAGAUGAGCUUUUCUUGCUAUACAAUAGUAAGAGUAUUUUCUAUCCAUUUGGCAGUGAUUGAAUCUAAGCCCCCUGCUGGGUUUACUGCAUUCUUCCAACUUAUUGGAUAACUAGAUGCUGAGAGAUAACAUUCCUAAAAUUCGGGAGUGGGGGGUGGGGUGGAAGGAUGGAAGAUCUAGUUGCUGUAAUCCCUCUGAACUUUGCUUUUUCCUUUUGGGAAGGGUUAACUUAAGCAUACCCAGCGAUUGUUCAUAACAGAGUCCUCUUACUCUUGGGCAAAUACGCUUUCAGUAUUUGCCAAUGGUGGUCUGGAUGUCGAAGUACUUUACUGCACCAGCAAACAGAGCUCCUGCUGUUUGAAGACUCAGAGUGGGAUGUUGCCAGUAUUGCUUGGAGGCUCCAGAAGAGGCGAGCCUGUGUAUACAGUGCCUGCAAGCUGGUAUUCAGGUGCUCCAAUGAACUAUCUUGGUGGUGGUGGCAGCGACGAGCUGAAUGGGGACGGAGCAGGGAUAAAACGGCCCCGGAGGGAGGAGACCCACGUAUGCGAGAAAUGCUGUGCCGAGUUCUUCAGCUUCUCUGAGUUCUUGGACCACAAGAAAAAUUGCACUAAAACGCCCCCCGUGCUCAUCUUGAAGGACAGUGAGGGGCCGAUGUCGUCCGAAGACUUGUCAGGGACUGUGCUCAGCCCGCAGCCGCCGAGCCCGGGCCGGAGGGAGGGCCACCGGGACAAUGGCAGCGGUGGAGGGGCCCCCGGGGACUUGAGGGAAAAGCCGGGGGCGGAGUCCGUCCUGUAUCUGAAGACGGAGGCCGCCCUGCCGCCCGCGCCGCAGGACAUAAGCUACUUACCCAAAGGCAAGGUGGCCAACACCAAUGUCACGCUUCAGGCGCUGCGCGGCACCAAGGUGGCGGUGAACCAGCGCAGCGCCGAUGUGCCUCCGGCGCCCGUACCCGGCGCCGGCAGCCUGCCCUGGGUGCUCGAGCAGAUCCUGUGCCUCCAGCAGCAGCAGCUGCAGCAGAUUCAGCUCACGGAGCAGAUCCGGGUACAGGUGAACAUGUGGGCCUCGCACGCCCUCCACGCCGGGCACGCGGCCGACUCGCUGAAGACGCUCGGGGGCCACGUGUCGCAGCAGGUGUCGGCGGCCGUGGCCCUGCUCAGCCAGAAGGCGGGGAGCGCCGGGCUGCCCCUGGACGCCCUGAAGCCCGCCAAGCUACCUCACGCCAACGUCCCUUCCGCCGGCGGCUCCGCCUCCCCGGGGCUGCCGCCCUUCGCGCUGAAGCCGGACGCCACCCGGGUGCUCCCCGGCGUCCUGUCGCGCCUCCCCGGGGCGCUGCUCCCCCAGGCCCAGGGCUCUGUGCUCUUCCAGAGCCCCUUCUCCGCGGUGGCCUUAGACCCGUCCAAGAAAGGCAAAGGGAAGCCACCGAGCGUCUCCCCGGUGGAGGUCAAACUCAAGGACGAGGCGCUCUGCCGGCACAAGUGUAAGUACUGUAGCAAGGCUUUUGGGACUGAUAGCUCCUUGCAGAUCCACCUCCGCUCCCACACCGGAGAGAGACCCUUCGUGUGCUCCGUGUGCGGCCACCGCUUCACCACCAAGGGCAACCUCAAGGUGCACUUCCACCGGCAUCCCCAGGUGAAGGCAAACCCCCAGCUGUUUGCCGACUUCCACGACAAGACGGCGGUGGGCGGCGGCCUUCCCUUCGCGCUGGCCGGCCCCGUCCCCCUCGAGGAAGCCGGGCUCUCCCUAGACAGUAAACCCGCGCUCGCGGCGGGGACCCCCAGUGUUGUAGGGCUAGCUCAGAAUCUCCCCUCGGGGCCUCACCCCAAGGACGUCGCGGGGGGCCCGUUGCCCAGCGACCUGCAUCCCGGGCCGUCUCCGGAAAGCGAGGAUGGCUCCAUCCUGCCCGGGGUGGGGCCGACACAUCCCUCCCCCAGGGUCGGAGGCUUCCCAGGGGGUGGGCCGCCGGAGCCGGGGUCGGAGACCCUGAAGCUGCAGCGGCUGGUGGAGAACAUAGACAAGGCCACCACCGACCCCAACGAGUGUCUCAUCUGCCACCGCGUCCUCAGCUGCCAGAGCUCACUCAAGAUGCACUACCGCACGCACACCGGGGAGAGGCCUUUCCCGUGCAAGGUCUGCGGCCGCGCCUUCUCCACCAAAGGCAACCUGAAGACGCACCUGGGGGUGCACCGCACCAGCGCGUCGCUGAAGACGCAGCACUCCUGCCCGAUCUGCCAUAAGAAGUUCACCAACGCGGUUCUGCUGCAGCAGCACAUCCGUAUGCACAUGGGCGGCCAGAUCCCCAACACGCCUCUGCCCGAGAGCCCCUGCGAGUUCGCGGGCCCCGAGCCCUCGGCGGCCGGGGAGAAUGGCAGCCCCGGCGCGCCCGCUCACGAUGGGGUCAUGGAAGCCAUCGACGUAGACGAAGCCUGCCCCCAGGAGGCCGCCCCCAGCAGCUCCUCGAGGGUCCUCGGGCCCCUCGCCGGCGUCCUCGCGGCGUCCCCUACCCCGGGGCUGGCCACGGCGGCUUCGCUGGACGCCCCGGUGAAGGCGGGGCUCGCUGCGCUCGUCCUGCAGCGGCAGGGCAGCCGAGAAAACGGGUCCGUGGAGAGUGACGGCCUGACCAAUGACGACGCCUCCUCGGUGAUGGGCGACCCCGAGUGCGCCAGCCGAAGCCCAGACGUCCUGGAGAGCACGUCCUUCCAGGCGGUCUCGCCGGCCCAUAGCCAGGCGGAGAGCGUCAAGUCCAAGUCUCCAGACGCCGACGGCAAAGGGGACGGCUCCGAGAGCAGCCGCACUGAGAUGGAAGGUCGGAGCAGUGUUCCAUCCACAUUUAUCCGAGCCCAGCCAACCUAUGUCAAAGUUGAAGUUCCCGGUGGGUUUGUGGGUCCCGCGACCAUGUCCCCAGGUAUGACGCCUCUGUUGGCGGCCCAGCCCCGACGACAGGCCAAGCAGCACGGCUGCACGAGGUGCGGGAAGAACUUCUCCUCGGCCAGCGCGCUUCAGAUCCACGAGCGGACUCACACCGGUGAGAAGCCCUUUGUGUGCAACAUCUGUGGGCGCGCUUUCACCACCAAAGGCAACUUGAAGGUCCAUUACAUGACACACGGGGCCAACAAUAGCUCGGCACGCCGUGGCAGGAAGCUGGCCAUCGAGAACACCAUGGCUUUGUUAGGAACGGACGGAAAGAGGGUCCCCGAGAUGUUUCCCAAGGAAAUCAUGGCCCCUUCGGUGAGCGUGGACCCCGUCAUGUGGAACCAGUACGCCACCAUGCUCAACGGUGGUCUGGCCAUGAAGACCAACGAGAUCUCCGUAAUUCAGAGUGGUGGCAUCCCCACCCUCCCGGUGUCCCUGGGGGCUAGCUCCGUGGUGAAUAACACGGCCGCCUCCAAGAUCGACGGCUCCCAGUCCGCCGCCGGGGCCGAGGUGGAGAAGCCAGGGACGGCCGACAACGUCCCCAAACACCAGUUCCCGCACCUCCUGGAAGAAAACAAGAUCGCAGUCAGCUAAGCCGCAGGAGGACGCACCUCCGAGGAGCAGUGCACGCGGUGACCUCUCUAGAGAACUGUAUCUUCUAUUGUUCUCUCUUUUUUUUUUUUUUAAGGCCCCCAUCUCCUCCAGUUUUCUUCCUGAUGUGCAAAUAACGUUUACAGUUGUGGCCACAACCUCAGGCACGGCUUACAAUCACAGUGUUGCUAUGCUGCUUUGCAAAAAAAGAAAAAAGAGAGGAAAAAAAAAAUUCUUACUAAAACAAAUACUAGUAUUUUUUUAAAUUUUGGAAGAAAGCGGGUCUUGCAAAGUAGUUUUGUUACUUGCAACAAACUAUAUACAUAAAAACCUUUGUACAACCUCGAGUAACUGUUUCCAAAGAUGGUCACCUCUUUCAAGUUGGAAGGUAUUGAACCACCAUGGAGAAGACACCUGUUUCACCUGCUUGGGGGUGGAGUGGCGGGGGUGGGGGGCGGCUGUAUACUUAUUCUGCGGGGACUGUAUGCGGGUAAAUGGACAUGGUCUGUCGUCUGUUUUGGGACCUGUUGUCGUUUUCUCCCAACCCUGCACCCAUUUUUCUUUUGUUUUUUUGAAUGUACUUUUUUUUUUUUUUUUGAAAACCAAGGUUGUAGAAUUCCAAAGUGUUUUUCAACCUUGGAACCUUAAGUAGGAUGCCCUCAAGUGGACUGAUUUUAGUCCUUAGAGAGUCAGUGUGUGUGUUGCUGCUUAUUUAAAUACAGUUCAGUUGGAGCCUCAAGAGUGCCAAGGUCCUCUCUACCCUUCCAGAUGCCACCUUUUUCCUAAAACCAGGAGAGGUGAACACCUGAGCAGGGAAUCUCAGGUGAUAUAAUUUAGUUCACCAGUGCCUGCUCUGUUGAAGAGCUCGGUGUCCAUUCUUGAAGAAACAAACUCAUGGAAGGGCAUGUUUUCUUAUUAUAUACUAAAAACUUCUUAUACUAAUUUGUACCAACAUUUCCUUGAUUGUGACUUAAUGCCGAGUAAUUAUGAAGAUUUUUUUUUUUCUUCUGAGUAUUGCAUGAAGGCUACCAAGUUGGAACAGGCGAGUCCUGGAUGUGAAAGCUUUAAUUUAUCUACCUCAUUCGUGUGUUAUUUUUGUAGCUAUAGUCUCUAUUUUCCUAUUGGAUAACCGCUGAAGUGUUCCUAGACCCUAUCAUAAACCUAAGAGUUGAUGUAUUGGUGGGAGCACCUGGAAGUUCAAGAUGAUGUUGUGAUUCUUUUUUUUCUUCUUCUAACCCUAACCCCUUGUGUAUAUGUGAUAUUAAGCAGACGAUGAAGCGUUCCUCUUGAAGAUUUAACAAGCAAGGAGAAAGGCCCACAUGUUCAGGUGGGGAAGUCUUUGCCCCUCUGUUUGGAAGAGUGGAUUGUGGCUUUUGUCAAGUCUUGUCUCUUGGUAAUUGCACCUGACUUUAGGAUCCACCCCCCCCCCCCAAGUUUUUUUUGUUUUGUUUUGCCAAGUUGUGCCUUUCCUUCUGGAAUUGUAAGUGACACAAUGGUAGUGCCUGUUUACACUGUGAAGCGGAUAUUGUUACAGAAGAUAGACCAGAGGCUUUCUCACUUGUUAAGCUUAAUAAUGCCUUGUGAAUGUAUGAUCUACGGAGAAACCCCUGUAGUUUUUACCUGCUGAUGCUGUCUGUCUGUUGGAGAAUAAAUUUUGAAUGGUUCUUUUUUUUUCACCA